AUGUCUACCACCUGCCCUUCUUUUGCAAAAGAAUAUGAGAAACUUACAUGUGCCUGUUGUUCACCACCAUCUCCGCCAUGCGCUGGCGUGACGGCCCAGAUGGCAACUGCUACAACGAUGCUCCCUUUACCAUCAGAGAAACCUGAGUUCACUCAGAAUCUUGCACCAAUUUGUCCGGUUCCAAUGCUUUCCUCCUCUCCCAUCAGUCAAAUUAAUCCGUUAUCCUACACUCCCGUCUCUAUUCAAUCUGUGGAGACUCAGACUUCCCUACCAUCUCAGAUAAUUCGGGAUUUUCCGAUGGAAGAAAACGCGUCGGUCAAGGUAAACUUUGUUGAGAAAUGUGAUAAUGGUGCUUACCUCAUUCAAUUCCAACGAAAUACCACGACGCAGGCCUUCGGUUUAUUCUUUAAUCUGGAUGCUGAUGGAUUUUACAUCAGUCGAUUGGCCAAAGAGCAGCACAUACGAGUGUGUCAGAAGUAUCUGCAUGUGAAUGACAGGGUCCUUGCCAUCCAGGGUGUUCCGUCCAAGCUUCUUAGCGCCGAAGGAAUUCGCGGUCUCCUUCAAGGAUGUCAUUUGGUCACAAUCAAAGCCUCGUGUGCUUACUCGCAUUCCGGGGUGACCAUCAUUACUCAUCACAUUGGGGUGGCCAGGGAAAGGGCAACACAUGGAUGA